GUUUGUUUGCUUGCUUUGUGUGCGCACUUUUCACCACACAACGCCAACGAGAAGCGACGAAGAUGAAUGGUGGCGUGGAUGGUGGUGUGGGUCGCAUUGCCACGCCUGGGCCCCGGAUCAGGGGUUACGUGGCGUGGCUGAAGCGGUACAAGAUGGCUGUGAUGGCCGCAUGGCUUGUGCUCCUCAUCCUGGGCAUCCUCUUUGGCCCCAAGCUGCUGACCUCCACAUCGCUGAACAUCAACCCUCCAAGUGGCAGUCAGGCUGACAUUGCACAGAAAGCGCUCAAGAAGGAGUUCCCAAGGCUGGGCCAGCUGUCCCCGAUCAUCUGCCUUGUCAAGAACCCAAACGGCAGCGUCAUCACUGAUGCCACGCGAGACUUUACCUUCGAUCUCUACCACGCCGUCACAAACUUCACGCCGUCGUUGCUGCCGAAGAAUGGCUUCACCAGCUACUACACGCUGGCUGCAACAAAGGGCCUCGGCCCCAUCGCCAACAGCACCGUCUGCCGCAACUGUAACCGCACAGAGACCGUCAUCUCCAUGCAGGUGGAAGUUCCAUCCGCUGGGAACCUCCUCACCAGCUCAACCCGCAAGUUUGUCAGCUUUGUUCGCACCACCGUCAAGAAUCUCACCGCAACACACCUUACACCAAAGGGCCUCGACGCGAAGCUGACGGGGACGCUGCUGUUUGCUGUUGAUAUCGAGAAAGGAACAGAGCGCGAUCUUCUCCUCAUGGAUGGCAUCGCCUUUCCCGUCGCCCUCGUCACACUCGCAUACGUGCUCAAGUCUGCGCGGCUGCUGAUUCUGCCCGUGCUGUGCAUGAUUGCGUCAAUUGUGACUGCGUUUAUGUUCAUGUAUCCCGUAGCACUCAAGUAUGACGUCAUCUCCUUCACCCCGAGCAUCAUGAUGAGCGGCACCAUCGCCAUGUCCAUCGACUACUCCCUGUUUCUGCUGUCGCGCUUCCGUGAAGAGCUGCAACUGGGCAUGGAUGUUGACGAGGCGGUGCUGUACAUGCUGUGGACAGCAGGCCACACCAUCUCCGUCUCAGGCACCACCCUCGCCGUCUGCUUCUUCGGCCUCAUGUUCUUUCCAGUGUCGAUCCUGCGGACGCCGGGACUGGGCACGGGUCUUGCCAUCCUCACGGUCCUCAUCUGCAACCUCACCCUCACCCCAUCCAUCCUCCUCACAUUCAACAACUUCUUCAAGCGCAGCGCCCGCUCAAAGUGCUGCUCAUCGGGUGAAGACGACGUCAUCACAGACAGCGAGGAGUCGGCAUUGCUCGUGAAAGGCAACCCGUCGCUUCAGCACGCCGGACACGAGGACCGCGUCGCCGCCGAGCACCGCGCCGUCCACAAGUCCAUCUGGUACAAGUUUGGCAAGUUCCUCAUGCGUCCAGCAGUCAGCAUCCUCCUGGUGGUGGUGGUGGUUGGCCUGGCCAUCCCCUGCGCCAUGCGCGUGCGCAGUUUCGAUCGCUCCUCCUCCAUCAUCAACAUCGCGCCGCGCACCGCUUCCGCCACAAAGGCCUUCAAGGACCUCAGCGUCAACUUUGGGCCCGGCACGUUGGCGCCGUACGAUAUUCUUGUGCGUCCGCGCAAUGCCUCGUCUGUGCUCACGCCCGACACCUUCGCCGCCGCAAAGACCGCCAUUGAGGACCACCUGAUGAAGGUUAAGCCUGUGGAUAAGGUGCAAUAUGAGAGCAUCAUGUACUUUGACGGCAACUUUCUCCCGUUUGCAUUCGUCGACAUUGCACUCAAGAACUGCUCGAAGCCCGUCAACCGGCCCAUCUGCCUCGCGCGAGACACGUUUGUGAACAGCAAUGCAACUGCGCUGUACAUUGAGGCGACGCUCGACUUUGAUCCAUACAGCACAGAGGGCGUCAACUGGCUGCAGAACGCUCGCAAGGCGCUGGCCAAUGUGAGCGCUGAGACGGACACUGAAUUCAUCAUUGCCAAUGGCGCCACCAUCUCCAACGACGUUGAGCGCAAAGUGUAUGAUCUGUUCCCGACGGCGGUUGGCGUGACGACUGCGUUUGUGUUUCUGCUGAUUGGCAUCGCCUUCCGCUCCAUCGCCAUCCCGCUCCGCGCAAUCCUGACCAUCGCCAUGACGCUGGCGUUUGUCUACGGCUGCUCCAUUUGGGUGUACCAAUUUGGUGUCCUUGACGGCAUUGGUCUUCCCGGCCUCAGCGGACAGCUCAAAGCGCUGUCGUGGAUCACGCCUGUGAUGGCGUUCAGCAUCCUCGUUGGUCUCGGCCUGGACUACGACGUGUUUCUUCUUAGCCGCGUCGUCGAAUACCGCAAGGAUGGCUUCUCGGACUAUGACAGCGUCCUGCUUGGCCUUGCGCGCACGGGCGGCAUCAUCACCGCUGCGGGCAUCAUCAUGGCGAUUGCGUUUGUGGGUCUGCUGUUCACGGCGGAGGCCGUGUUGAACCAGCUCAGCUUCUACCUCGUCUUUGCUGUGCUCAUUGACACAUUCAUCAUUCGCAGUGCUGUUGUGCCGGCGCUGAUGCGGCUGAUUGGCCGCUUCAACUGGUGGCCAUCGCGCAUGCCCACCCCUGUUGCGUAGCUUUGCCCAUGAUCCAUCUCCUGCCUGCCUGUGUUCCUUGUUGUUUUGUGUUGUUUAGUGUGUACAUCUUGUAUCCCUCCUGCCCUCUAUUGCUUGACUCUUCGUGCUCUUGCUCUUGCUUGACUCUUCAUGCUUGCUUGACUCUUGCUUGACUCUUCGUGCUUGCUUGCCCUUGCGUGACGCGUGUGUGUGGCGUGUGUGUGUGUGUGUGACGUGUGUCGCACACCGCUGAGCGUGUUGCGCAACUGGCCCGCCGCCAAUCCAAAUUUCGAAACUGCGCCAUAAUGUGGCGGUGGUGGCGGCAACAGCAGCGGACACCUCCGCAUUUCUUCCUCCUCUUCACAACCAACCAACUCGAUCGCGAUCUGACGUGUGGCUGACAAGCAAGCAAAGCAGAGCCAAGCGAGAGAAG